GGUCGCGCCAGUUGUGCGGUUGAGUUUGCGCUCUGCGUCAGUUGUAAUCAAACCAGCAUGUGGGUUGUGUGAUCUGAGAGUAGCGUUCAUGUCGGCAAGGCAAGUUAGGUAGGACCUUACCCGCCUGCCCAGUGCGUGUCGCAGUGUGAUCGGUUUCGUGCAUCAUCCACCGAGGCGCAGGCCGCGACACAACUUGGAUAAUGGAAUUCUAUGUAGCCGACAAGCGGCAGCACGUCGCAUAUAACAACAUUAAACGCGAGGUCGACACUGACGACAGCGCUAAUGAAGAUUCGGAUGAGUCGGGUUUAUACGAUGAGAUAAACAGUCAUCGUCCGAAGAAAACUAUUAACAAGGGACGCUGGAGUAAAGAAGAAGACGCCCACUUGAAGGACCUCGUCGAACAAAAUAGAGAACGGUGGGAUAUCAUCUCGAAGUAUUUUCCUGAUCGCUCGGAUAUUCAAUGCCAGCAGCGAUGGGCGAAAGUAGUGAAUCCAGACUUGGUCAAGGGACCUUGGACCAAAGAGGAGGAUGAGAAAGUAAUCGAAUUAGUGAAGAAAUACGGACCAAAGAAAUGGACGCUCAUUGCGAAACAUCUACGCGGUCGCAUCGGAAAGCAAUGCCGCGAACGGUGGCACAAUCACCUCAACCCGGAUAUCAAAAAGUCUGCCUGGACAGAACAGGAAGACGAUAUCAUAUAUCGGGCACACAAACAAUGGGGAAAUCAAUGGGCGAAAAUCGCCAAGUUGUUACCUGGACGUACUGAUAAUGCAAUCAAGAAUCAUUGGAAUUCGACUAUGAGACGCAAAUACGAAGCGGAACAUCGCGAUGGUGAAGCAAAGCGUGGACGGGGACGUAGAAUAUACAAGCAGCAGAAAACCAGCGGGCCAGAGUAUACUACCGAUUCACAGUCGCUGUAUAUUGAGGAAUGGCAAGAUCAAGGCAGCAGCCAGUCGUCUACUAUGACUACAACGAGUCCUUCUCCUCAUACACCAUCACACGCAACACUUUUCCCUACUAGUUCUCCGCAAGACUCUUCAUCGAAUUUGUCUGAUAUGCGUUUCCUUGCUUUGGACUCUGUGAAUUCCGGUAUGGAAACGAUGGGUGAUUUUGGAUCGGUUGGCAUUACGCCAUUGAAGGAUUCCGAUCUUGUUCAUAGUCAUAUAUCAAGACAAACAGCAAUGAAAACAUUACAAGGAUUGCCGCGGCCAGCACCUGCUAUCCUGCGCAAAUCUCGUGCAAAUGAUAAAAAUAUGAACGGUGAUAGCGGAAUUUAUGAUUCUAUGAGUGUUAGCGAUGUACAAAUGUUGGACAUUUACAAUUCUAAGACGGAAACGCCGCAACGAGGUAUUAAUUUGUCACCGGUCAAAGACUCUCCUUUCAGUCCGUCGCAAUUCUUUACGAUUCAAAAUAGUCCGAGUUUAACCGUAUUUGAUCUGACGGUUGCCUCUUCCACCCCAAUGAGGAACGGACAUUCAUCUACUACUACACCGACUAAGAACCGAAUACGUGCGGAUCGAGAUUACAGUCCGCUUACUACACCGAAUAGUUUCUCGAUUCGGCUUGACUCGCGUCCGUCGACAUCUGAUGCGACGACGCCAAGCAAAGGUCGGAUGUUCAGUCACGACACUCCGAGGACGCCAACGCCGUUCAAGAAAGCACUAGCGGAUUUGGAGAAGAAAUCGGGUCCGAUUAAGAAUCUACCCGAUACUCCCACACGAUUAGAAGAUAUUACAGAAAUUAUGAAGAAAGAAACCGAUAGUUUGUUUAAUAAUGAAAGUGGAUUUGUAAGUAGCGGUAAGAGGAAACCGCAUAUACCAGCCGAUAAAGAAAAUAUUUUGCCAAAUAAAAAAGUGAGAAAAGCGUUAGCACCAGGUUGGACAUCUCUAAAUUCUCCAAUGAGUUCGGACAUGUCAUUCGCCGUGGAGACACCUAGUAAAUCAUUGGGCGAAGAUGCAUCUUCAAUACUCUUCAACACACCUAAUACAUUUGCGAAAGAUCUACUCGGUGGGGUAGCAAGCUUGGACUUUGCGUCGUCAUCAUCUUCGAAGUUCGUGCCCUCAACCAGUGCCCCAUCCCGAGCCAACGGUCUACGCAGUGCUGCCGUCAAACGCAUUACAUUCACGGAGAAAGACUCUAAACCUGCACCUAAGUUGGAUGUAAUGUGGACAAUGGUAGCAUGUGGUCGAACAAAAGACCAAAUUGAUCUGACGGAAAAAGCACGUAGAUUUCUCAACUGCAAAACGACUGGGCUCAAACCGCGAUCUCUUAACUUUUGAAAAUCGCUUUGCGAGUAAUUGAAACGAUUACUAAAGAACAUAAACGUACAAGAUAAGCACCAGAGCACCCUGUAUAUAAUUAAUAUAUAAUUUACUAUAUAUUUACGAUUACAAAUGGAAUAAUAUAUUUAAAUGAAAAAAAAAUAGAAAAAAGAGCAUCACUGGCACUGUGUGCCUUUUAAUAUUUUGUUACAAAGGAAUAAAAUUAAUGAAAACUCGUUGUAAUGAUAAAUUAUAGAGCAUUAACGUAUGCAUAGAUUUUAUAUACAAUGUACUUUGUUUGUUUAAAAAUUAUUUCCGUAACAAAUGCUAGUGCAUAGCAAAUCGCGUUGUAUACAUGAUACACUUUAUGACUUUCACAUUUGUAAGAUGGAAUAUUUAUUUCAGUAAUUUUUAAUUCGUUUAUUCAAUAAUGUUUGUAUUUUUAUAUCUUUAUGUAAAAGUUAGUUGUAUUUGAGAUAAUAGACAAGAAUAAUUUGAAUAGCAUUUAGGCAUUGAAAAUUUGAACAAAUUUGAAACGAAUCUACUUUUGUAAUAAUGAGAAUGCAUUUUUAUAUACAUUGUACGUGUCGAUAGUUUUGUAAAAGAAAUGUAACCCACUAUUGAGACAAUAUUGUAAUGAACGAUGAAGCUAGUCCGUAGCCACCAGGCGUUCAAAUUCAAAUGAAUUAGUUGUUUAAUUGAUAAUACAAACAAAGAGAGUAUUGAAGCCGAUUGCUUUAGAUUCAAAAAUAAUAACUGAUUAAUUAAUGAUUGCAUUGCCAAUUAUCAACUAACUUCAUUUCAAAUAGUUUUGUGUAUCCCUGACUAUAGGCAAUUUAAUUGAGUGCAUCUCACGGAAUUAUCGUUUUAUGUGAACAGAAUCGUUUCUUGGCUUUGGUUGUCAUUGUAAUGCUUCUCAAUGCAAAUAAAUUGUAUGUCUUCGAAUUAA